GACGAUGAUGAUAAAGCAGACAUGAGAGCAGCAGAAAUAUUCGAGGAGAGAAUGCGGUACUUUGACGACGUCAAAAAGGCCAACCAUGGAGUCCUUCCUUUCGAAAUGGAACUCGAACAGGCAAAGUUUCAAAGCGCCGAAACAGUCAGAAGGAAGAAACGAGCGCGUGAUAUUGCCAAGGCUCUAGAAGAUGAUCCUGUCAAUCUAGCUGUACCCCCCACAAUUGAUCUAGAGCAAAAUGUUGAGGAAGAGGAGCUAUUUGAUACCGAUUUUGUUCAACCUCGCGCUCCCAAGAGAUUUUGUAUGCAAGAUGCAGAACUCCAGAGUAUGAUGGUCGCAGUUGAGGCUCGUAGGGAUAAUUCAAGAAACAAGAAAAAAAAGAAGGACAGACAGAAAGGAGCAGAGGCCAUUUCUAAUGCCGUUAAAAGUGGUAAAAGCUUGAGCAAGAAACAGAAGAUGAUUAACAACGGGGCUAAGCAAGCCUCUUCGCUUUUGGAUUCAGACAUUUUUGCCCAACAAGCUCAGCCAGAUGCACCAGAGCAGCCGUUCUUCAGCUCGAGAAACCGAAAAAAGGCAAUGAAAGAGCUUUUGGCUGGUGUGCCUCUCGAAGAUGAGAAGCAGGCAAAAGAUGAUAUAGCAAGCUUGACAAAAGCAGCGAAGAAAUUUAGCAGGAACGCAGUCAGACCUGAUGCCGAGCGAGGAAAUCUAUGGUCAGUCAAGGGCAUGAAAACAUCAUUGAAGGGGUAUCAGCUCAUAGGCAGUGGGUGGAUGCGCGAUCGAGAGAAUGGCGAUGAAGAGCCAAGAGGUGGUAUACUGGCAGACCAAAUGGGACUUGGCAAAACGCUUAUGGCUCUAGCGAACAUCCAUGAUGGUCGCCCACCAAAGAAUAGCCCAGGCCCCAAGACCACCCUCGUUGUUGCCAGUCCUGCACUUCUCACUCAAUGGAAGAGUGAAAUCGAAAAACAUAGCUCAGCCAAACUGACAAUCAUGCGGUACGGCGCUGGAACACGUGAUAACUUUAACGCGUCCUUGGAACUUCUGCAGGGCCAUGAUAUUGUUCUCACCACAUACACCGAGGUGAUGAGAUCACACCCCAAGUAUAAGCCGCCGAGUGAUUGUAAAGAUAAAGAAGAGGAGGAGGCCUGGUGGAUGGAAACUUGGGAGCAGAAAAGAGGUGCCCUGCACCGAGUACGUUUCUUACGCAUAGUUCUCGAUGAGGCCCAAGCCAUCAAGAACUACCAGUCGCUCACAUCAGUUGCCUGUCGCGCACUACAGGCUGACCACAAGUGGGCUUUGAGUGGAACUCCGAUUCUCAAUAGCUUGACUGAGAUGUAUUCUUACUUCAAAUUCCUUGGCGUUCCAUUUAUCGACAACUUUGAAAACUUUGAUGAGGAGUACUGCGACCCCGACAAUCCAGAAAAGAUUAUGGUGAGGCUCUCACAGUUCAUGAUGCGCCGCACUCAUUCAGAUAAGAUGAUGGGAGCCCCCAUUCUCAAGCUGCCUCAAGCUCAUCAAGCUACGUACUGGUGCGAGUUCAAUCCAGUUGAGCGCCGUAUAUACAAGAUUGUCGAGAAACGCUUCAUCGAGCGAAUGAGCGCGGCGAUGGAGGGUGGUGCCUCAGAAAAAUCGUAUGGCAACACCCUAGUACUGUAUCUAAGACUUCGCCAACUAACAGCACAUAUUCUUAUGCUUCAAUUCGUCAUACAGGAUCUCCUUGAGCAGGAAGAUAUUGAGAGCAUCAAACGGGUGCUUCAGCAGCAUACGGCUAAUAGUAACACUCAAUCUAGCAGCACAAUAAUUGCAGUUCGAGAGCAGCUUCAAAAGAUAGCGGAUGAUAAGAAGAAAGCAGACGAAAAAAAGAAGAAAAAGAAGCACACUCGUUCGGAGGCGAACAAAGAGGCCGAAGAUCAGGACCAGGACAUCAUGACCGAUGAAGGAGAAGAAGGACCAAAGUCAACCCAUCAUCUCGGGGCCGGCGGCGAGUUUGGCAGAUAUUACAACUUUGGGCCCUUUCUUAGCAGUCUCCAAAAAGGCGAGAGCUGGGAAAGAGCUAAGGAAAAAACCAAGUGCAGCACCUGCGGAAACAAACCACGACAGCCCAUGAUUCAAUCAUGUGGCCAUUUCAUUUGUGCGGAGCCUUGUUACUCAGAGGCAUGUGUUGAGAGUGCUGAGCAGGGGCAAGAGAAUAGAGCUUGCAACAGCUGUGGUAAAAUACCCAGUUAUGUCCAUGCAUUCGAGGUGGAAGCCGACCCGGAAGAUGGACCUGCAUCUGGCACGCGAUCAAAUAAUAAUAAGAAGAAGAAGAAGAAGAAGGGCAAGGGACGCAAACGCCCCUACCAUGAGGUUAUUCCGAAUGACUGGCUCGCUUCUCUCAACGACCAAGUCCUUCCUUCUGCAAAAACUAUUGCAGUCAAGUCGCAGAUUAUGAACUGGAUCAAGGAGAACCCGAACGUCAAGAUUAUUGUUUAUACACAAUUUCUUGCUAUGGUUCAGAUCUUAAGGCGCGUUUGCAAGAACGAAGGCUGGAAGAGCGUUCAGUACCACGGCAAGAUGAGUUUUACCGCUCGCGAUAAUGCCAUUCGGUCGUUUGCCGAACAAGGCGAUAUUCGAAUCAUGCUGGCAAGCAUGCACUGUGGCGGCUUGGGUCUUAACUUGACUAUGGCUUCAAAGGUUAUCUUUAUUGAUCCUUGGUGGAAUUCUGCUAGAGAGCAACAAGCUUUCUGCCGUGUAUUCCGCAUUGGGCAACAAGCAGAGACAUUCAUGACCCGUUUUUGUGUCCAGAAGACGAUCGAUAGUAAGAUCGUCAAGAUUCAAGAACGCAAAGAAGAGGAGAUUGGAUGCGUAAUGGAAGAAGGGGGCAAGCCGGUC